AUGCGCCCCAGAGGACCAUCACCGGAGGCAUUCUACGAGUCCGUGUUUAACGCAACGUGGAGUCACGUCAUGGGAUUUCCCGAGGGCGAGGGGGAAGACAUGGUGGUGAUAGAGGGCCAACGGCCACAAGAGUUAUUAUGGGAGUACACGCAGACUGUGUGUACUUUUUUCUCAGUGGGUGGUGAUGAGGAGCAAUUCCGUCCACCACGCCCACGACUCAUGAUCCUUUCCUCUGAAAAGCGAUGGCCGUACUCGCUGAACCAUUCAGUACGUAUUGCCGACUGCUGCAUUAACAUUGAGGUGCAUCGGGUGUGGAAGAUCGUCGAGGGUGAUCUAAAAGGAGUGUUUCCCCCUACAGAGAGAGACGCACCUAAAAUGGGACGUCGUCUUUUGAUUGGAACCCCCGGGAUAGGGAAGUCAAUGGCGGCUGGCUCCUACCUCCUUCAUCAGCUGCUGCACUACGACGCCACGAAGCUCCAUGUGGUUAUGUACUGCUUUGGAAGGGGUUUCGCAUACUUGUUUGACAAUACGGCACGAAUGGUGACAAUAUACGAGGGUGAGAAUAAUAUUAGAGGGGUUAUGGUAAAUUUGGCUGGGAGUGGAAUGAAGGGGUAUAUCAUCAUCGAUAUGGCAAGACAACUUAAAGAACCAUCAAAUGAUGUUGUGCCCUCCCCUGAGUGGGGCAUCAUUAUGUUGUCAUCCCCGCACGAAGAUAACUUCAAAAGCAUGGGCGGAGCUGGAGGGUGCUAUCAAAAUUAUCAUGAAUUGCCCCGAUGA